AUGGCUGCGAGGAUUGAAAAUUUGAGACCUUGUCGUAGGCAAAACACGGUGAGUGGGUGUCUACCAGAAUCAAAGAGGUUGGAAUCGUGUCCUCAUUCUAAUCAGAAGAAAAAGGUUUUGUGUAUGCCUCGUCUUCCCCAAGAAAUUGUCUUCAAUAUUCUCCUGUGUCUUCCUGCUGAUAUUCUCUACAAUGUUAUGAGAUAUGUGUGCCAAGAGUGGUACAAUGUUAUUCGUGAUCCAGUUUUCGCGAAUGCACAUGUCCUUAAGUCUGAUAGAGGCAGCCUCAUCUGGACAGGCCCGAACAGAUUGGGUGUUCCUUACGUGGAAUUGAUGAAGCCACGGGACCUGAUUGAGAUGACUAGGGUGCGGUUUCCUGACUUUGGAGGGAUGCUCGUGUCUAGUUGUAAUGGUUUGGUUUGUUAUACUACAGUCAAAAGGUCAUACUACCAUUACAUUGCAAAUCCAGUUACAAAGGAAAUAGUAAGAAUCCCUACAGCAUCUGAGGUUCCCUGGAUAUCAUGUCUUGGAUAUACCAGUUCUUCUAAGGAAUAUAAACUGGUGGAGUUCCAUGGAGGUCAUGAAAGAUUGGAUUGUGGAAUUUUGACUCUUGGAGUUGAUAAAGAAUGGAGAUUUCUAGAUGCAACAAACCAAACUUUGAAAAUAAAACGAUUUCUGAUUGAGGUGUUGGUGGGUUCACAAGUAGCUACGGACGAUGGGUUUGUACAUUUGCCAUAUUACUCUUUUAACCUUACAUUAGACUUGGAAAGUGAAACCUUCUUCUUAUGUUCUGUUCCAAAUUGUUCUAACACCGAGAGGGAAGACAGGAAAUAUUUUGGGACUGGGAGGUCACUUUGUUUUAUGGAUCGCAAGGGGAAGUUUUCAUGGGAGCUGUGGUUGCUAAAGAAUGUACCAACUGGAGAUUGGACAAAGCUUGCCACUAUUGAUUUAGGAAGUCAAGAGCAAUGGCUUCGACAAAGUCUAUGUCCACAAGGAUUUAGGCUUGGGCCUAUUGGUUGGUUGAAAGAUGGGGAGAUUGCAAUCUUCCAUGUUAAUUAUGAUCCUUCAUUUGGCAAUCUAACUCUCUUCCACGAUGCCGAGGCACAACCACUACGAAAUUGCAUUGCUUAUAAUGUGAAGACUGGAGCAAUGAAUUCGUAUAAGUUGGAUGAAGAUGAUAAUUUUUACUCGGGAGGGAGUUAUGUUCCGCAUGUCAAGAGUCUGGUUUCUCUAGAAUUUGCAACUAACUAG